CGGGAUUUCGCUCGGAAAGGAUUAAUCAUAAAAUAAAGGUUUUUCGGGUAAAAGAGCCUACCGUUGACAGCUAAUUGUUAGUGGUCGUUACUGUACUUUAACUUAUUUUCGCCAUGAUGACGACUGUAGACGAGGCAGAGGAAGACGACAACAAUCUCUGGUACAAUGAUGUGCAAACCGUGAAGAAGAUGAUGAUUGGAGUUGACUCCAGUAUUCCCAGGUGCCCAUCUUGUCACAUGCCAUUUGACAAAGGAAAGAAGCGACGUCUCAUCGACAAUUGUGGCCACGAACGUUGCUACUCUUGUAUAUUCAAUUCUGACCAAUGUCCAUUAUGUGCAUUAGAAGCUCCUAUUGGGUCACAUUGUCAAGAAGUUCCGAAUGACGAAACUGUGAUCAAUCAACCUUGUAUACCUGUUCGUCCAAGAUUAAAGACAAAUGGUCAUUUUACAACAUUCAUGCAAACCAGAUGCGACAGUGGAAAGCCGUCUUUGUUCGUCAAGGAUGCUAGUAACUUUGAAGGUCCUGGGGUUCCCAAAUAUAUACCUAGUCUCGAUGUUUCUCGGGUUCCGUGGCACCAGAAACAUAAGGGACGGUCAACAAAAAUUAACGCCGACGUUCACAAUCCACUAUCGGACGACGAUAAUUUGCCUUAUACUGCUAAAGGAAACGAUGAAACAGCGAAAAAAGAUCUUUUUAUACGUUUUGGCUUGUUACCUGGUGACAGUCCACAGAUUGGCCGAAAUGCUCAACCACCUAGACCGGGAUCAACCAAUCACAGCAGCCAUGAGUCGUAUGCUAGCAUUUCCUCGUUGGCAAGCAGUGAAGCAAACAUUGCAGGAUCGACAGAUACCAGCCCAGUUUCAACUCUAACAGGAUCCUCGGAAGCAGAAGUUCUGAGUUCAUUAGUUGUCUAUAGGACCAGCAGUCGUGACCCAAGUUCUGAUAGCGUUGGUUCUCUAAUGAGCACAAGCACAUGUAAUAGUACAUCUCCUAUCCCAAUAAGUGCGAUUUUACAUCGCCAGCUUAGUGGAAGAGCGAGAGAGAAUAAUCCGUUUAGUAGACGCACCUCGGCGGUAAGACGGUCAGACAAAAAUGUGAAAAGCACAACUGCUUUGGACAUCAGAGGACACAACCAUGGCUAUAAAGGCUUACAAGUCACCUUGCAACCUUUAUUCUUUGAGGUGCCGCAAAGUGAACCAGAACCCAUUUUUAUUGGAAGACAUUGGUUAUUAAAGGAAAUUGAACAGGUUAUUAGCUCUAACAGUAGUGGGAUUGUGAUAUCUGGUGGGCCUGGUAGUGGAAAAACUGCUAUUGCUUUGCAGCUUGUUGAUCACAGUGUGUUUGGUCCCAAGAGGGAAGAACCAAUUUACCAUGAUAUCCUAUCCAGUGAUAGCAGUGAUUACAUGUCAGUUGGCAGUGGAGGAAGUAGUUACUUGUAUCAGUCUCGGCUCAGCUUAACUCAGGAGACAGCUCGGUCUCUUGGGGGUCAUGUAGUAGCAUAUCAUUUCUGUCAGGUUGACAACAAUGUCACCUGUCUGGUUCCAGAUUUUGUUCAUAGCAUAGCUGCUCAACUUUGCCAUGCUCCACAGUUGGUAGCAUAUAGAGAAUUCUUAGUACAAGAACCAAGGUAUCAGCAACUUCUGAGCAUGACUUCUUGUAUAACAAACGCUUCCGAGGCUUUUGUCCGUGGUGUUCUUGAACCGUUGAACACUUUGAGAAGAUUUGGCAAGAUUCCUAACACCACAUGUCUCCUAGUGGUUGAUGGACUAAAUGAAGCCGAGUUUCAUAAGCCAGAUUAUGGUGAUACAAUUGCAUCUUUCUUGUCUAGACAUACAAGUCAGUUCCCUUCAUGGUUGAAAGUAAUCAUCACUGUCCGUACAGCUUUUCAGGAAGUUACAAAGUUGCUCCCUUUUCACCGAAUCUGUUUGGAUAAACUUUCAGCUAAUGAUAACCUCAAGCGUGAUGUAUAUGACUACAUUAUGUAUAGGUUAGGAUCCAGCCACUCCAUUCGGGAAAACAUAACUAUAAACAAAGGACAAGGGGAGGCUGCCUCUCAUACAAGGUUUGCCAACCACCUAGUGUCAUUAAGUAAAGGCUGUGUGUUGUACAUAAAACUGAUAUUAGAUCUGAUUGAAAGAGGUCAUCUGGUGGUGAAAAGCAGUAGCUAUAAAGUGAUACCAGUUAGUUUGAGUGAAGUUUAUCUAUUGUCCUUUAACCUCAAGUUUACCACCAUUAAGGCUUUUGAAAGGGUCAGCUCUCUACUGCAGGUCAGUCUAGCAACCCUUUUCCCUUUGAAGCCAAUUGAAUUGUUUCAUAGUGUCAAUGCUGCAGUUAUAGACCAGCCUCUCACCUGGGAGGAAUUCUGUCAAAAGUUGGAUGUGCUGAUUACAAGCCAAUUCUUAGUUCUUCGGCAGGACCAUUCUCUGAUGUUUUCACAUCCAUCAUUAAGAGAGUGGCUAAUGAGAAGAGAGGAAAAUGAAAGUUUGAAGUUUCUAUGUGAUGUCAAGAAUGGCCAUGCUAUGAUUAGUUUACGACUGAGUCGGUUGGAAGUACCUUUGAGUCCUGAACUCUGUCUUGAAUUAGGUCAUCACAUGCUUAUGGCACAUAUUUACAAAUCAACUGUUAGAGACAUAUUAGCACCAGAGCUGACUCCACGUGAUCUUCAGGCAUACUGGAUACAACAAAGCACUAAUGACAUUACAGCAGCUUUGACGUCUGUACGCAAUGUUUACAGUCCAAAUGUGAAGGUUAGUCGUUUGCUUCUGCUCGCUAAGGCAAAUCCACGAGGAAGAACAAAUCACAUGGGAAAUGCUCCACUCCUUGUAGUUGCUGCUUAUGAAGGAAUAUUGGAAAUGGUUUCAAUGUUACUUGAGUUUGGUGCUGAUCCCAGUGAUACAAAUGACUUUGGCCAAGAUGCUCUUUGUUUAGCCAGUCAAAAGGGUCACCUUGAAAUUAUUUGUCUUUUGUUGACCAGAGGUGCUAAGAUAAAUCAAACCGAUAAAGGUGGGCAGUGCUCUCUAGUUUAUGCAGCUUCCCAUGGACACCUAGAAGUGGUUAGUUACCUAGUUCAGUGUGACUGGCCAUUAGACAGUACUAAAGGUCCUAGUCUAGCCCAAGCUGCUCAACAGUCUCUUGUUUCAGGAGCUUUCAGUGGUCAUUCAGCGGUCUGUGAAUUUCUAUUAGACAUGGCAGAAGUCAAAAUUAACAACUCAGAUGAUGUCACUGGCCACACACCUUUGACAGCAGCAUGUUUAGCAGGUCAUAAAGAAGUUUGUGAUACAUUGCUCAGAAGAGGAGCAAUUGUUUCAGUUUUGAAUCAACUGGGAGAGCCACCACUGACUUGUGCUGUAGCUGAAGGCCACUGGGAAAUAGCCGAGCUUUUACUUAGCCACAAGGCAACCCUAGAACAAACUGAUAGUACUGGCAAGACCUCUCUUAUGCUAGCUGCAGUGGAAGGACACUUAGGCCUUUUGGAGCUUCUGUUAGCCAAAGGUGCUAAUCCUGACAGCACAGAUAAAGAUGGAAUGACUGCCCUAUCUUGGGCCUCUAUAAAAGGACAACUUCAAGCAAUUCAGUGUCUUCUUAACCAUGGAACCAACAUUAAUCAUGCUGAUAAAAAUGGCCGGACCCCACUGGACUUGGCUGCAUACAAUGGGGACCCAAAUAUUGUGAAAUUGUUGAUGGACCAAGGUGCAGUUGUAGAACAUGUGGAUUUAAGUGGCAUGAGACCUUUAGACCGAGCCAUUAGUUGUAAAAACUUGGCUGCAGUUAGUUGUUUUCUUCAGAGAGGGGCUAAGAUUGGUCCCCAGACAUGGGCUAUGACUGAGGGCAAGCCUGAUGUAUUGUUGUUACUGCUGAAAAAACUUCAUGAAGAUGGAACAACGCUUUAUAAGAAGGGACGAUUGAAAGAAGCUGCACAUCGUUUUCAGUAUGCUCUAAAGAAGUGUCCUGGAGAAGACACCAUGAAAGAUCACUUGUUAGUUUUUCAGCAAGUCAAGUUCCACUUGUAUGUGUUUCUGUCCAAGUGCAAACGGAAAAUGAAUGAGUUUGAUGCAGCUAUUGAAGCAGCUGACCAAGCUAUUUUUCUAAAGCCUAAAUCAGUUGAUGGUUAUUUCACAAGAGCACGUGCUAAACACGAAGCUGGACAUAGUGAGUCAGCUCUUCAGGAUAUUACCGAAGCUCUUCGGUUUACCUCUUUAAAUCAAGAAGCCAGGAAAAUUUUGCUCAGAUUUCAGGAAGAGAUCAAUAGUGGUCACAAGGAGGAGUCACCGUCGCCAAGUCAUGGGGGUGAGGAGGCAAGUAAUCCAACUGAUAAAGUUUCAUGUCAACCUGAAAGAAAUUUGGCUGAAUUGAAGACUUUAAGUGUAUCUACAGACACCAUUGACCAGCUUUAUGGUCUGAUAAUGGGCCCGAGUAACUUCAAUCAGCGGGAACUAAAGACACCGGCUGAUCAAAAACGUUAUGGUUUCGAAACUGCUAUUUGAAUUUGCAAUCAGCCUGCUCACGUGUAUUUGGGACGGAAGUUUUGUAACUGUAACGAACAACAUUGAUGUAAAAGAAGAUUAGAGGCACCAAGUUACUGUCAAACAUACCAUUAUAUGUAUACUUGUACAUUCAUACCAUAUAUUAUGUAUGUACGCUUCCUGUUUCUUCAACUAUUCCUUUAUAUACAUAAUGGUCGUUCAGAUAUCUCGCUGUUUACAGACUAGUCCAAAGAAGGUAUUCCAGAGUCUGAAAAUGAAUGACAAAAUUUAUAAAUGCCCCUGGCGAAAAUAGCUUCAUUAAUUAAACGUGCAAUGGUGAUGAUGGAUAUUUAAAGUGCUGAUGCAAAAGGACCUUAUAUCGUGGUGAUGACCUAAACCUUACUAGCUGAACAGUUGUAAAGUGUAUGUGGUACAUGACUUUCAUGGGGUAGCAAGAAAAGUCGUAAGUUGUGUGGGCGCUAAUUGAUUUAAAAUUACCUGUGGAACUAAUAUCUAGUAUAAUAAAUAAUAACUAUAAGUGUUAUUAGGACCAUUAGAAUACAACAUAAUAAUGAAGACUGAUGUGGAAGGGAUCAGGUCACCUAGAAAUGACUUAAUAAUUACUGUUAUUGAAAGAAUUAAUUGUAUGAAUGGAUCUAAAGGUGCUCAUGUGAAAACUACUCAUUCGAAUGUUUCCAAGCAGUAAUGAUGAUGGUGUAAUAAGUUAAAGUUUUGCAUCUUAAAAUAUCCUUUAAGAUUAAUUAGAUGUUAAUGUUUGAACUUAUUCAUGAUUCAACUUAAUUGCAUACAUAUUAUAUAAUAUUAUAUUUAAAUGAAAUUGAUACUUUCAACCAUAGAUAUAGCAUCUUUGUAAGUAGUAUUUUUUUCCUUCAUGUUUAGUAAGCUGGGCAUUUUCAAGGACCAGUUUAAUAAUAGCAUUUAAAUGAUAACCAAAAUACUGCAUUUAGCAAUAAAAAACUGUUAAAAAAAACAUUGAACAAUAAUCCGCUUAGCACAAAAUAUUAUGCUUGAAGUUUCUAGAUGUAGUAGAUAAUAGAAGCGAAGAUAUGUUAAAAUUGGAUUAUCUCUCAAUAAGAAGUUGAUUCACAUUUAUUACUGUUAAUAAGCCUACAGCGGCUAAAAGUUAAGAGGUUAAUGUCGAAAAUAAAAAUGACAUAUUUUAUAUAUCUGUAAAAUAUUAAUAAAGUAUAAAUGUAUAAAAAAAUCCAUA